AGGACGCCUUUAAAGGUUUUUAGGUCCGAAUACUCGAUGCAAGUAGUUAGCUAUAAAGUUUAAAGCAAUAACUCGCUAGCUGCUGUGAUAACGAUACGAAGAAAGUGAGAAAAGGCGUAGGAGUAGGUUGUUAGAUAGGUAGCCAGUUGGUCGAGCACGGUUGAAAUUUCAAACUGUCAUUUUGCUGGUGACUGUUGCUGCCAGGAAUGUCUGAAUGUUGCUCUAACUGAGACGCAUUACCGUAACAAGGCCUUUUUCCCGUGGCGAUGACAGAUUAUUUCGAUCGGGCUCCUGGGGCGGGUAGGGUCCGGCUGAGCUCCGACAGCCCGGGGCUGGCUGAACCGGUCAGCGGCCGCCUUCAGGAAGGGGACGCAAACGUGCCUGUCCUCAACCAGCGUGAGCCGCUCAGACAGCCUCGGACGUCCCCCCCGGUGGUGGAGGACAGCCUGGGUGGAGCCGGAGAGGGCAGACGACUUAUCAGAGCCUCACAAGCAGCACACAACAGUAGCAGUGGUACAGCGCAGGCCUUGAACAGUGUGGUCAGCUCCAACCUGUCUGUCAAUGCGGCAGAGUUCUACCCAUCGGGGUACAACCAUUACCAGGAAGAGCCCAGCGAGGAUGGCUAUGAUGGUUAUUACCCAGAGACCCUGGCAGAGCUGGUGCAGGGGAUACUCGGCCACCUCACCUCUUCCCCGGGGUCUUUUGAGGCCGACAUCGAGCAGAUAACGGACACGCUGAAUGCGUGGGUCACCACUGAAGAGACACUGCAGGAACUGGUGGAACUCAUCUACACACAGUCCACAUCCAUCACAAAUUUCUCCUACACGGGGGCACGGCUGUGCAACCACCUGUCGCGUCAUCUGGCCCUCAGUCCGUCCAGCGGCAACUUCCGACAGAGGCUGCUCCAAAGGUGUCGAACAGAGUACGAGCAAAGGGACCAGGCAGUCAAGGGGGACGAAGCAACAAGGAAAAGCUUUCACUCAUAUGUGGUCUUCCUGGGAGAGCUGUAUCUCAACCUUGAGGUGAAUAUAAAGGGACCGCUAGUUCGGGCAGACAUCCUUCUCACAGCCUUGAGGGACUUGAUGGACACCCUCCUCUCCAAUCCUGAUGAUGGGAACCUCAUCUGUGCUGUGAAACUUCUGAAGCUCACAGGCUUGGUCCUGGAGGACACCUGGAAGGAGAAAGGCAAGCCAGACAUGGACGAGCUGGUCAUGAAGAUCAAGGCCAUCGUGCUGGAUGCCUCCCGCUGCAGCAGGGACGUGAGAGAGACGCUGCUGAAGCUGGUGGAGCUGAGGUCCAGCGACUGGGGCAGGGUUCAAGGAGCUGUCGCCGCCAGAGAGGCCACUCCGUACAACGACCCCAACUAUUUCAUGAAUGAGCCUACCUUCUACACGGCAGAUGGCACACCUUUUACAGCUGCCGAUCCAGAGUACUCAGAAAAGUACCAAGAGAUACUGGACCGGGAGGACUAUUUCCCAGAUUACUAUGAAGAAAAUGGCAAUGAGGGGGAAUAUGACUACGAGGAUGAGAUGGACCCCGAGAUGGAGGAAGCGUAUGAGAGGUUCUGUUUGGAAUCUCAGGAGAAAAGGAAACAAUGAGAGAGAGCCUGAAGACUGUACUAGUGCAAUCUGCUUGUAUGUUCAACCAGCUGGAAGAAUUCCAACUGUUUAAAAAAACGCAGAAAAAUGAGCAUACACUGUGUUCAUUGAGUUGUUUCAGCAAAGCUUUAAAAACAAUGUGCUUCCUCUUAGCACUUGCUGGGAAUUUACAUUGAGUUUUACAUAUGGCUG